AGACCGACCGACAGACACAUAGGCACAGGGACAGAGAGGAGUUCCUGCAGUUGGAUGUGACUGUGGCCGGGGCUCGGGGCGAUGGCCGAUGACUAUGAGGCUCUGUAUGGGAUAGAGGAUGAUUAUGAAAACCAGUUUGCUGAUGAGCUGGAGGUUCUGGCGGAGAUUAAUGAACUUGAUUGUGAUGACCGCCUGCCUGCUCGCGAGGCCAAACAGUCCAGGUUUAGAGACAGCAAACGCACCUUUGAAGAAGCGAUUGCAGCUGGAGACGAACUGCUGAGAAAUGACGGCCAGCCACAGCAAGUCUCCAUCACUAGGAAACGAGAUGUCGAUGCUCUCCAUCAGUCCGAGGAGGAAGAUCUCUCUGAUCAGCAGCAAAACCAGCAACUGACAGCUCCCAAGCACAAGCGGCCCAAACUGGAAGCCGUGAAGAAGCUGGACUUUGGGUCACACGUUAGCUCCGCCCGGGAACCUCCACCACCUGACGAUGACAUAACUCCACCGGCGUCACCAGGAAACCUCUCCUCCAGCCGGCACCCCAGGUUUCCAGAGGGGCCCGUACAGGAUGUCCUGGAUAUCAGUGACAUGGCACCACUGAGAGUGACUCCCUCCCCACGGAAGCCCAGCCGAGUGCGGAAACGACCCCCUGUGUUGGAAGAUUACAUCAACGUGACCUCGACUGACGGAACAAGGGUCUUCGUGGUCCUGAACGACGAGGCCUCAGGACCCAGGCCUCAGGUGCCGGACCCGGUGGGUUGGAGCGGCCAAAGGCCGCUGCACUUGCUGGGGGUCCCGUUCUCCUACAUCAAGGAACAAGUUGUCGAGGAGCGCCGACAGCAGGUGAUGGAGGAAUCCCAGAGGCUGAGCGAGAUGCUGAACAGGCAGAUUGAUGAGGAGUUUGGGGAGGGUGAGGGGGAGGAGGAAGAUGAAGAUGAUGAUGGUGAUGGGAACAACGAGGGUGCCUCCCAUACUCUGUGGGUGGAUCGAUUCACCCCCAGACAUUACACCCAGCUCCUCAGUGAUGACUACACAAACCGCUGCCUGCUGAAGUGGCUGAAGCUGUGGGACACCGUGGUGUUCGGCCGGGAGAAGGUGGCGAAGAAGAGAAAAGCCGUCUCGGAGAGCCGCCCCCCCUUCAAGGCCUCGGACGCGGAGUCACAGCCCCAGAGCAAGUGGAAGAGCAAGACCCAGCUCACAGAGGAGAUCCUCGACUCUGAACUCGACUCCCACAAGCGCCCAAAGCACAAGGUGGCACUGCUGUGUGGGCCUCCAGGUCUGGGGAAGACAACACUGGCUCAUGUCAUAGCUAAACACGCUGGCUAUAAUGUGGUGGAAAUGAACGCCAGUGAUGACCGCAGCCCAGAAAUCUUCAAGACCAGGAUCGAAGCUGCCACCCAGAUGAAAUCUGUCCUCGGGAACAAUGAGAGACCAAACUGCCUGAUCAUCGACGAGAUCGACGGAGCCCCAACUGCUGCCAUCGCCAUGCUGCUGUCCCUGGUCAACCGUAAAGAGGGGAAGGACGGGGAGGCCGCCCCAGGGGCCGGGAGGAAGAAGAGGAAAGACGGAGGGCUGCUCCUCAGGCCCAUCGUCUGUAUCUGUAACGACCAGUACGUACCCGCACUGAGACACCUGAGGCAGCAAGCAUUCACACUGACCUUCCCUCCCACCAUGUCUUCCAGACUCAUUCAAAGGCUGCACGAGAUUGUCAGCACAAAGGGGAUGAAGGCGGACAUGGGAGUCCUCACGACUUUGUGUGAGAAAGCCGAGAACGAUAUCCGGUCUUGUGUAAAUACUCUGCAGUUCCUCCACGGGCAAGGCCAGAAGGAGCUGAGUAUGAGGAUGGUCCAGACCAUGAAGAUAGGCCUGAAGGAUCAGAACAAGAGCCUGUUCUCUGUCUGGCAGGAGAUCUUCCAACUCCCCAAACCUCAAAGGAAGUGGAUUGGUCAGGAGCACAGCUGGCAGGAGCAGGGUCUGAGCGGGCAGGAGAGGAGGCCCCCGCUCAGUGCCGUCGCUCAGAGAUUCAACAACGUCCUUCACCUGACAACGUCGACAGGCGACCAUGAGAAGCUGACGCAGGGCUUGUAUGACAACUUCCUUAACAUGAAGUUCAAAGAUCCCGGCUUGAGCAGUGUGUGCCUGGGGCUGGAGUGGCUGCAGUUCACUGAUAACCUCAACAGGACCAUUCGGCACGGACAGAACUUCCAGCUGAUGCGCUAUCUUCCCUUCCUCCCCGUGGCCUUUCACCUGCUCUUUGCUGCCAUCAACGUCCCCCGGAUUUCCUACCCAAACAGCCACUCCGACGCGCAGACUAAGCUGGCUCACGUGCAGAGCCUGCUGAUGUGCCUUCUGGGAGAGAUCAGCCCUGGGAUCCGCAGUCGGGUUAGUAUGGAGCCCCUGGUGCUGGAGACCCUGUGCCUGCUGCUGGACAUCAUCUCGCCCAAGCUGCGGCCGGUGAACACUCAGCUGUACAGCAGCAGAGAGAAGCAGCAGCUAUCAGACCUCAUAGGGACCAUGUUGUCUUAUAACCUCACCUACCAUCAGGAGCGCACAGUGGAUGGGCAGUACAUCUAUGUACUCGAUCCCAACGUGGAGGAGAUCUCCCGCUUCCCCGACCUCCCCACCCGCAGACCGAUGACCUACCAGGCCAAGCAGCUGAUCUCCCGCGAGAUCGAGCUGGAGAAGAUGAGACGAUCGGAGGCUCUGCUGCUCACUCGCAACGUCAACAAGAAGGACGACGUGGAGGUCAAGGGGCAACCCGGCGAUGGCAAGAAACACUCCUCGAAGCCCAGCCGGAAAAACCAUGCGCAGCGGCUGGAGACGGUGCUGCAGAGUGUGAUUGUGGAGGUUAAGCCGGAACUGGAUUUCUUUGGGCAGAGAGUGAACACGAAAGAAAGGAAAAUUGUGUCGUCGAUGACAGUGGCCAGAGCUGCAGAGCCCGAGAAGGAACCGGCUGAGAAGUUGAUCGGAAAAGCGGUGGGAAAGAGUGACGUUUGGUUCCGUUUCAACGAAGGCGUUUCCAACGCUGUCAGACACAAUGUUUGUAUCAAGGACCUGCUCUGAGUUUGUGUUGGGACCAUUGGGGAUGGGAAGGGGAGGGAACGGUGGGGGUGAAGACACACACAACCAACCCUUUAAUGAGCACAAAGGAGUUAAAAUAUUCUUACACAGGAGAGAGUGGUCACCAUUGGAGCUCGCUUUUUGACCCUCUUGACUGGCCAGAAAGGGGAGAAGGUCCAUCUCACUGGGUGGUGCUGACAAUGGCCGAGAGCCUCCGAGAGGUUGAAGCCGCCAAGUCUCCGAGCUCAGGCACAAAGAUGUGAGGGUCACAGCACCAGCUCAACCAUUGACCCCUGCGCCCAGUGAGACAGCCACCUGUCUACUUUGGCUUUGCGCCCGCUGAACCGACGUCAGAUAACGGUCACGGUCGUUCUUUGCUCUAAACAAAAAAAAUGAGGGGGUGUGGGGGCGGGGGGGAGGGAAUUGUCAUUGCGUUCCCAAUAUGAUGGGGAGAUUUGUCACAUGGCUGCCAACAGCCUAGGCCUUUGAGAUCCCAUCUUCAAUUGGGUGGGGUGUGGGGGCCCAACUUGACUGGGAAACAGACCAGCCUCGCUGAGCCACCAGAUCAGCACGUCAUUUACGGAUUUUUUUUUGUAAUUUUUUUUUCUCCUCCCCCCUCCGGCACGUCAGGAAAUUCCAGGCGGGUCAGACACUCGAGUUAUAACCCGUUCCUCCUUAUUGCUUUAUUUGUCAGUUUCCUGUUACAGCGCUCCUUUCGAGUUGUACAAAGAG